AUGCAAGAUCAUCUCUAAUAAUCAAAAACCUUGUUCUUGAUGCAUAAAAUUAAGAGUUAUAAGUAACAACCAUAACUCUCUAAUAACAUAUUCGAAGAACAUAAUCCUUAUUAUGGACCAUAAUAUGAUAAUAGUAAUAAAAUUAUUGCUCGAAGUGUUGUUGGAAAACCAGAUGUUAUUGAAAAAAUAAAAAAGAAAAUAGAAGAAUCUAAACUAUCUAAUUCACCUAAAAUGAAGAACUCAAUUAUGUAUUAAAAAAUGAAACAAUCCUAUUCAAAUCUCUCUAAUAUGAAGAAAUCAUAAUCAUCCAAUAAGAUUCCACUUUUUCAUGAUCCUAUACAUUCAAAUAUAUUAUCUCGAUAAGUUUCUCAUAAUAAAUCUACAAUGGCAACAUUAGUAAAUCAUCAUGCAAAUGUUAAUGUAGAAUAAUAUUUAUAGGAAACAAAAAAUAGAAUACAAAGAAAUGAGAUGGAAGAAUUAAAAUUAGAAAAGUAAUUAAAUUUAUUUGAAAGAAAUGCAAAUACUAGAUAAUAAAGAGUUAUAACUUCUUUUCAAGAACGUGAAUAAUCUUGGGAAUUAGUUAAUAUGACAAUUUAAAGUAAAUGUUAGGCAAGAAGCAGAGACAAACUUACUUUAUUAUAAAAGAGUUCAGGUAAUGAGAUAUAAAAAUAUUAGUUGAACAGCUUAUAGACUAAAAAAGUAGAUUCUUAAUGAAUUACCAUCUCCACCAUAAAAUUGGUACUAAUAAUUGA